AUGACAGAAACUAGAGACCCACUUAGCCGAGCCGAGACUGGGGACCUGGGCAGGUUCUCGAAGCUUGAGGCUUCGCUUGUCCAAACUGAGGUUGAGCAGCGCCCUAAUUCAAGAGCGCAAAAUGAUAUCGAUCGACAUGCGGAAGCCACCGACCUCAACGUCAACGAGCUCGACUUCAACUUCAAUCUUGGGGCCCAGGACUACCCUCUUGAUGACCUCAGGUCGCUUCAACAGGUCUUCGACGCCGUCCAGUUCCAUCAGCAUCUGGAUAAUUCCUCGAACUUUUCGCUCGGGACCAAUGUUGAAUGCUUGAAUGUUGACUCGCGGGGAGCAGAAUGGCACGCCCUGACCGAGCAUGGCAUGGAUGUCUUUCUCAAGCAUAUGGCUUCAAAGCAUUCCCCUCCCUCUCCAGGGAAAUCCGCGCCCGGCCGCAGGCUGCUAGCAUUCUUUGUUCCGCUGGUGCCAAUUGACGGAACCUCAUUCGGCGCGCGAGCUAUGAUGACACAAGGAAAUGCCCUUCAGCUUAUGAAAACCCUACAAGUUAACCCUCUCUUUCUCUUGAAUUUGAUUGGGCGGCCCGACUAUUGGGCGCCUAAAUCGCACUGGGAAUCUGACAGCGACGGCAAGUUGACAGCUUGUGACCUAUUCUGUCAACAUCCUCGGUGGAAUCUUCAUGUUCAAGGCUCUCCGCUAUCCGUCUAUGUGCGACAUGAUAUCAUUCGCAACUUAACUACAUAUGUCAUCUCUCACAAAGAAGGGGAUACAUCCAUCAACACCUUAAAAUCGCUCCUCAACAUUGCCAUGAACACCGCCAACGUUUCCAACAAGCCAGCUGUCUUAAUGGACGAUCCAUUCGAUAUUCACGUCAUAUUAUCGACCCUCUCACUGGAAGCCUCGAAGCACCACGUCAAGCGAUUCCAGCGAUUCAUGUGGGUUCAAAUCAACAAGGUGAACGACCAUCUGGCUGGACUGGAAGCAAGCGAUCGAUCCAGACUCGGUGACCUAACAAAACAACUUCAAAUCGUAUCGCAAAAUGCAGAUUCACACAUCGCUAAUGCGGAUGUUGCCAUAUUCACGGCUACUGCCAUCCGCAACGCCCAUUUUCGUCUCAUCUCGGCGUUACCGGAGUCUAGUCCUUAUAUCCACCAGCGAGUCGAAGACUCAAUUGCCUACGUCAUUUCCUCGAUGGAGAAGCAGAAGACCUGGUUCCUCAAUUACAAGCAGCGCAAAGACAGCACUAUGUCUCUGGUGUACAAUCUCGUGACACAGCAGGACGCUGCCAAUAACAUUCAGAUUGCCCGCAGCAUGAAGGCAGACUCCACGUCGAUGACGGCGAUUGCGGUGUUGACUAUGGCGUUUCUGCCGGGCACGUUCACCGCGACAGUGGUCGAUGCUGGGAUCUUGGGGAAUGCUGUCAGGGAGAGAUCGUGGUUUAUUUGGUUGGUGGUUACACUUCCUUUGACGCUGGCAGUGAUGUUUUGCUGGUGGGUUUACCAGAAAGCCAAGGAGCCCAAGAUGAAGAGAAUGCCAGAAAAAUCAACGAGCGAGGAAGUCGAGGCAGUCGCUGAAGCGAAGGUGAUGAGUUCUUUGAGAAGACGCAGUGCUUUUAGUAGUUUUUCAUUCCGAGGAGGAAUCGGUCGUGGUUAG